AUGUCCGCAAAUCAAUUAUACGCGCUCAUGAGUUUAAUGUUCCUGAUAAUGAUUCUAAUGCCGGUAGCAGAACAUGCGCAAUUAGAUGUGUUUCAGUAUGGCCAAAAGAGACAAGCUGUGACAGAAAUGCAGCAAUAUUGUGGCCAAAUUCUGUCAAGUACUUUACAAAAGAUAUGCGGUAGUGUUUACAAUUCUCGAUUUAAGAAAAGUAAUCAAGAAAUAGAUAUAAACAAUUAUAUGGCAUUUAGUUAUGAUCAGCAUCCGUAUAAAUCCAUUAAGAAUGCAAGAAAAAUGAUAAAAUUUCGAAGGAACUCACGUGGUAUUCACGAAGAAUGUUGUUUAAAAUCCUGUACAAAAGAAGAGUUACGUUCCUAUUGCGCUACUCGUUAAGGAACCCUUGUUUUUAAUUUGAAAUGAAAAACUGAAAUAAUAUCAAAGUAUCACUUUUUUCC